GAUUCUGAGCUCUUUGUUCGUUUAUGGUUGUGUCCACAGAGAAAAUGAAUUUGCAGCAAGUAGUACUACCCAAGUCUUAUGCUAAUGGAUUUGGUCGUAGAAGAGGAGGUGAUAGAAAUUUCAAGACUAGGCUGGAAAAUAAGUCGCCGUCCGGAAAAUCCAACGCUGGAAGAAUACCAAAUGCAGCUGGUGGGAAGGUUGGAUGUCCUUCCCAUGAUCGUUUAGUAUAUUUGGUGACAUGUCUUAUUGGUCAUCCCGGGGAGUUCCAUGUGAAAAAUGGAUCAAUAUUCACUGGAAUAUUUCAUGCAACAGAUGCAGAAAGAGAUUUUGUUAAUCAGCAGUUCCAGGAUGCUGUUGUUACUAAGGAUAGCCUUGCAAGGGAGCUCCAACAUGCAAAGCAGCAAGAAAUUAUGAGAGACCCUGCAAUAGCACAAUCUCAUCGUGUGAAGAUGGAGAGAGUUGGAACCUUGGGUUCCUGAUGAAGAUGAUCCACAGCAUCCAGAACUAGAAAAUAUAUUUGAUGGCCAUUGGAAUAGGUUGUUAUUUAUAAUCCUUUAAUAUUUUCUAGCAAAUCCUCUGUUUGUGAUUUUAUUGUUCCAUUAUCUGCUUUACUUUACAAGGCUUUCAUCUUAAUUGUUUAAUGGAGAGCAACAUUUUAAUUUGGAUAUUAAAUUGUGUCCUAGUUU